AUGAAGUUGAAUUUGGCCACUGGCCUCAUCUGCUUGCUCGCUUCCACUGAAGUAGUGGCAGCUUCUAGCUGGUGGAACAAGGCUCUCUACAACAAAUGGCAUGAAACUGAGCUCGAGCGAUGGCUCUCCGACCAUAAUAUUCCCUACCCCAGUCCUGCCGAUCGCCGCGAUCUGGAGAACCUCGUCAAGACCAACUGGGACAGCAGAGUGCAAACACCCCUUGGACAAGCUGUCGACAACGUCAAUCAUGAGCUACACCAUGCCAGAGAAUGGAUUUUUGAUAGUUGGUCUGACUCUCAGUUGAAGGCAUUCCUCGAUCGCCACGGCAUCCCUGCCCCCCAGCCCCGCAGACACGACCUUCUAGUCAAAACCGCGCGUGAGAACUAUGAGAAGAUCGCUACCAAGGUUGGCCAAACGGCUGCCUACCCCGGAGACUGGCUUUAUGCGGAGUGGUCCGACUCGGAUCUCAAGGAAUGGCUCGACGAGCGUGGAUGGCCGGUGCCUCAGCCUUCCGAGCGUGACAAGCUCAUUGCCUCGGUUCGCCGCAACUCGCGCAUUUUCAGCCUGCAGACCCAGAGCAUUGCUGCAUCUGCAUCCGCUGAGGCUGAGGCUGUUAAGGAGACACUGAGUAAUCAGCUUUUCAAUGCCUGGUCCGACUCGAAGCUGAAGGAAUUCCUUGACGAGCACAAUGUCAAGGUGCCUCAGGGCUCGAAGCGCAAUGAACUCAUUGCUCUGGCUCGGAAGAACCGUCACUACCUUUCUGACCAGGUGUCGAGUGCCUCCUCCGCUGUAGAGGGUGCGUUUGGCGCUGCUACCACCAAGGCUGGGAACGAAUAUGCACAGGCUACCGAUUAUGCCAAGCUGAAGAUCGACGAUGCUUUCGAGACUGCGUUGAAUGGCUGGUCUGACUCCCGCUUGAAGGCGUUCCUUGAUGCUCGAAGCGUCCCUGUCCCUCAGAAUGGUAAGCGUGAUGAACUUAUUGCCAAGGUCCGCGCCAAUGCGCACAAGGCUGCUGGAGGAUGGAACCAGUACAACUUUGAUACUUGGGAUAAAGAACACCUGGUGAACUACUUGUCGUCCGUGAACCACAAGGCGAUUAAGCAGGCCGAUGCCUCACGCGAACAGCUUGUGAAGAGUGCCCAGGACUCCUACGCCAAGGCUUCCAAGGCUGGCGGCGAACAGUACGCCUCUGCGACUUCUUCCAUCGCGCAUGCAACAGACACAGCCAAGGAUGCUACUUUCGACCAAUGGUCGCACUCCGAGCUCAAGGAAUACCUGGACGACUACGGUGUUCCGACAUACCAGGGCUCGAGCAUCAAUGAACUUCGAGCUGCGGCCCGGCGCAACGCCCAUUACUAUAAGUACGGCACUGCGAGCCCGCAAGCUACGAUCUACGCCAAGGUCAUGAGUGUUUUGCAGUGGUUUGCCGAUCAGUUAAAGAUCGGCGCUGCUAGCGGCCGCGCCCAAGGCACCGAAGCUGCUGAAAAGGUCCAGAAGAAGGUUUCCGAGCACACGGAGAGAUUGCGUGAAGAACUUUGA